GUGGCGUGCGUGGCGCGCUGGCCUGGAAGCGGUGGACUUGCGGGUACUGCCGGCGGGUUGAGCAGCGAGAGGCUUUGGAGGCCAUGGCUCCCAACGUGCCCGUGGCCGAACCGGCUAGAGAGUGUCCUGAAGGCAUCCGGGCCGUGCUUCUGGGGCCGCCCGGAGCCGGCAAGGGUACCCAGGCACCCAAGUUGGCUGAAAACUUCUGUGUCUGCCAUUUGGCUACUGGGGACAUGCUGAGGGCCAUGGUGGCUUCUGGCUCAGAGCUGGGAAAAAAGCUGAAGGCAACUAUGGAUGCCGGGAAACUGGUGAGCGAUGAAAUGGUCGUGGAGCUCAUUGAGAAGAAUUUGGAGACGCCUCCAUGCAAAAAUGGUUUUCUUUUAGAUGGCUUCCCUCGGACUGUGAGGCAGGCAGAAAUGCUUGAUGACCUCAUGGAGAAGAGGAAAGAGAAGCUUGAUUCUGUGAUUGAAUUCAGCAUCCCAGACUCUCUGCUGAUCCGGAGAAUCACAGGAAGACUGAUUCACCCCAAGAGUGGCCGUUCCUACCACGAGGAGUUCAACCCCCCAAAGGAGCCCAUGAAAGACGAUAUCACCGGGGAACCCUUGGUCCGCCGAUCAGAUGAUAAUGAGAAAGCCUUGAAAAUCCGCCUGGAGGCCUAUCACACUCAGACUGCCCCGCUGGUGGAGUACUACAGUAAACGGGGGAUCCACUCUGCCAUCGACGCAUCCCAGACCCCUGACGUUGUGUUUGCAAGCAUCCUAGCAGCCUUCUCCAAAGCCACAUCCUAGUAACAGAAGGCCAGGCGAGACUGCACCACUGCUCAUCACCCUGCGGCGUGAUCCCUGCUCUUAGGUGCUGGGCAGAGGGAAGGGGUGGUCAGGGUAAGGAUGGAGAGGGCGGAUUGGUGAGGGCUCAAGAGGAGAAUGGGGAGAGCAGCAGUGCUGUAGUGAAGCAACUUCUUUUCCAUGGUGUAGGAGCCCUAAAAAGUAUAAGCAAAGGGAAAAAAUUGAUUUUUUAGAACACUGAUUGGAGAGUAUAAAUAGAAACAGGGAGAUGCAGUAUUAUUUCUAAGGAAUCACUUACUCCAGACUGGUGACGAUAUUUUUUAAAGCCAGUGCCCUAAGACCUCAGCUUUUAUCAGAACCUCAUGCCAGCCCAGGAAUGCAGGAAAUCACACUGUUGUCCUGUCUGUCCUGUAGCUUGGAACAGGGCAGGAGUUGACUACUAACCCUGGUUCCCCAUACCAUGAGAUCAAAAAGUCAUCUCCCCAUUUGAAAGAGAUAAUAGAGUAUGUUCAUGGGGGUAGUGGCUCAGCAAAUCAGGUUUACUGGAGUCAUGGGGCAGGUGGAGCAGGCUGGUCUCACUCCCUUCCCAACUUACCACUGAUGUACCAGCCCACCGGCUCUCGUGGGUAAGCUCUCAACAGCCACCCAGCAUAUGCCACAGUCCUACACUCUUGCCCUCCUCCAUCCGUGUCGUGUGAAAGGACCCUUUUUAAUAAAUGAGCAAGUGUCCUAAGCGACCUUAUCCAAAGAUUGUCCUUUCCAUCCUCAAAUCCUGUGACUGGGAUUACUCAACAACACUGUGAUGUAUUAUUUUCAAUGAGGUGCCUUUCUUAACUGUCCAAAUGCUGCCUUGUUUGGCCCCUAAAUCAAUAAAGUGUGUUAAA